UGUAAAAGAAUUUACCUUCACCCCGAAGCCCAGAGGUGCUACAUAGUGGUGGUACUUAAACGUUAGUGAUGGAAGUUGACAGCAAUCCACAGAAUCCUUUCUCUGUCACUGAAACAAAUGACAUCUGUUACAGGGAUUUGCUGGAAACCACAAGAAACAUAUUUAUUGACACCUUCAAAAUAGGUGAUCUCAAGAAAGAACCUGUUAUUGAACCCUGGAAACUGGUGUUCUCAUGAAAGAACCCUUUUAUUAGAACCCUGGAAAUAGUUUCCAAAUGGUUUGGAGAAUCAUCAAAACCAACAAAACAGUCUCAUACAUGAUGUGAAAGCCUGGAAACAUUUUCUAAAUCAGGUGAGUUGAAAAGAUGCGUGUUCUGUCACAGUGGCGUCAAGAUUUUGAGUGUGCUUGAUGUGGGAAAACAUUCACACUAUCAGCUAAUCUCCAGACACACGUGAAGAUCCACAGUGGAAUUAAGCGCUAUGAAUGUGGGAAAGCAUUUACACGAUCAGGUUAUCUUAAGAAACACAUGAAGAUUCACAGUAGAAUGAAGCCAUAUGAAUGUGUUGAGUGUGGGAAAACUUUUACAGGACCAGAUAGUAUGCAGAAACACAUGAAGAUUUACAGUGGAAUCAAGACAUGAUUGUGGUGAAUGUGGGAAAAAAUUUACGCUAUCAGAAACAAAUGAAGAUUCACAGUGGAUUCAAAUCUCAUCAGUGCAUUGUGUGUGAGAAAACAUUUACACAUUCAAGUAGUCUACAGACACACAUGAAGAUUCACAGUGGAAUCAAGCCUCAUGAAUGUGUUGAAUGUGGGAAAAAAUUUGCACGUUCAGGUCAUAUGCGGGCACACAUGAGGAUUCACAGUGGAAUCAAACCUUAUGAAUGUGUUGCAUGUGCGAAAACAUUUACAAAUUCAAGUAAUCUACAGAAACACAUGAGGAUUCACAGUGGAAUCAAGCCUUAUGAAUGUGAGGAAUGCGGGAAAAAAUUUACACAUUCAGGUCAUUUGCAGUCACACAUGAAGAUUCACAGUGGAAUCAAGCCUUAUGAAUGUUUUGAAUGUGGGAAAAAAUUUACAGAUCCAGGUAAUAUGCGGGCACACAUGAGGAUUCACAGUGGAAUCAAGCCCUUUGAAUGUGUUGAAUGUGGGAAAAAAUUUCACCAUUCAAGUACUCUAAAGACGCACAUGAAGAGUCACAGUGAAAUGAAACCUCAACAAUGCAUUGUGUGUGAGAAAACAUUUACACAAUCAGUUUAUCUGCAGGAACACAUGAGAAUUCACACAGGAAUCAUGCCUUAUGAAUGUGGUGCAUGUGGGAAAAGAUUUACACUUUCCAAAUGUCUCCAGGCACACAUGAGAAUUCACAGUGGAAUCAAACCUUAUGAAUGUGCUGAAUGUGGGAAAAAGUUCACAUACUCAAGUAAUAUGCGGACACACAUGAGAAUUCACAGGGGUAUCAAGCCUUAUGAAUGUGUUGAAUGUGGGAAGACAUUUACACAAUCAAGUGGUAUGCAGAGACACAUGAGGAUUCACAGUGGAAUCAAGUCCUAUGAAUGUGUUGAAUGUGGGAAAAAGUUUAAAGAUUCAGGUAGUCUGCAAUCACAUAUGAAGAUUCACAGUGGAAUCAAGCCUUAUGAAUGUGUUGAAUGUGGGAAAAAGUUUAUCUAUUCAUGUAAUCUGCAAACACAUAUGAGGAUUCACAGUGGAAUUAAGCCUUAUGAAUGUGUUGAAUGUGAGAAAAAAUUUAAACAUUCAAAGAGUCUGAAAAUACACAUGAGGAUUCACAGUGGAAUCAAGGUUGAUGAAUGUGUUGAAUGUUAGAAAUAGUUUACAAAUUUUUAAAUCUUAUCCUAUCUCAUAGUUUGUACUACACAAUCGGGCAAUCUGCAAACACACAUGAGGAUUCACUGUGGAAUCAAGCGCUAUGAAUGUGUUGGCUGUGGGGGAAAAAUCACACGGUCAAUGUGGGACAGAAGUUAGACAGUGAGGUCAUCAUCGAAAACACAGGAGGAUUCACUGUGUAAUCUAGCAGUGAAGACUGUUCACUGUGUUGGGUUUGGUAAAGGAUGUACAACUGUAGACACCUGUAGAAACACAUGAGAAUUCAAAGUGGAAUCCUGUCUUAGCAAUGUGUUGAAUGUGGGAAAACAUUUGCACUGAAUCAACUUAUUGUUGUGUUUUAGUGUUAUGUAUAUAAAAUUAACAGUGCAUAUAUUUCAUCAUACACCUUUAUAUUCUCAUGCCAGCAAGUGCAUGUUUUACCACCAACUAAAUCGUAGUAAAAUAUCAUCUUUUGUUGAAUAAAAUUGCGAUUGCCAUCAUGUUUGUCCUGUCAUAAAUGUCAUGGUCAAGCGCAUAAAUGUCAUUGACAGUGGCUACACCAUAGAGAAAAUCAAGUUUUAUAAGGUAAUUACUUUCUUACCUCCUACCUCGUGUAGUAAACGUUGUCAGCAUAGGGUACAUAGUGCUUCUAGAAACUUUAACCUGAGAGAAAUUUACUAAUGAUAAACAAGUAGAGCUGAGAGAUAUAAUAUUAGUAUUUUUCCAUCUCAGGCAUACUUGCUUGAAUAAACGCAAGAUACUCAACGCUCUCUCCUCUCUUGUUUCAAGGUAAGAAACGUUUAAACUUAAUUUUUGUUUGUGUCUAACUUGUUAUUUCUUUGUAAAUAUCGUCUAGAAAAUGUGAGAGUUAAUUUAGAUACAUUCCUACGAUAUUGAAGCAUUUUUCGAAAUACCUACCAUUGUAAAUGAUAGUUUAUGAUAAGAGAUUAAUUCUUAGGCACUGUCUAGUGAUGUCUAACCACAUUGGGUCGUGGGCACCUCAAGUUUUAUGUUUUUCAUGUGCAUACGAAUAUCUCUUCCCAAUGUUUUGACACACGUGUAUACAUAUUGCUAGUCUUUCUCUAGUUUUCUUCGUUUUGUGCGUAAGAUCUGUAUAUGCAGGUUAGAUUCUCGUUCAGUAGCCUAGAUUCCAGUAGCUUAGUAACAAAACCAGUUCAAGAAUUUAUACAAGUAUUUUGAGCAAUGAUGAAGUUGUAGGUAGAUGAGUUAUUCGGUAUUUUACAAAUACGAUAGUUCACUGAUGAAAUAAAAUUCAGUCGAUUUACCUCAGAUACCCGCCCACAGAACAGAUUACAACAGCCAACAUUUGUAUUUUGAUAUUUAACUAACAUGAAUAAUUAUUUGAAAAUAAUGAUAUGAAACGUCCCGUUUCCGUGCAGUUGUGUACCGUACAAAAUAUCAACAUCAUCAUUCGAAACACAUUUACCGUAGUCACCCAAUUAAUCCAGGAUAAAAAGAAAUAAUUUCAAUAGAUUCAUUUUUUUUGUAGUAUACGAACAAAGAAAGGCUAAUUAUCCAAAUCUAGUCAAUCAGUGGGGGGGCUUUUGUACACCUAGUUGUAUACCGUACAGAACAGUUUAUACGCAAAUCCCAUUACCGUAAUCAUUAGUAAAUGGUAUUGUCUUCUCAAAUUACCUGAAAAUAUCCAUUAGUAUAGUUUAAGUAUACAAUUCCAGUCUUCAUUCUCUCUUACUUAGCUCAGUAAAUUUAAGAAAUAUGUGUAGUCAAUGACAACAGCGCCGUCCUAGUGCAUUAUUAUAGUCAUUUUUUAAUGAUUUAAAUAACUUAUUGUCUUGUUUUGUAAAGCACAAAAUUGUACAUUCCGACAUCUGUUGUUUAAGUAUAGAAUUACAGUCUCAUAAUGUAUUCUACCUUAGUUGAUUAAUUCCGUAAAUAUUGAAAUUGCACGUUGCCAAUAGCAACUUACACUAGUCAUAAAUCCUUCCCGUAGUUAAUGCAUUAAGCGCCAUUAUGGUCAUUAAUCCCUACCGUAGUUAACGCCAUGGGUACUACAUAACCUAAUUGGUAUAACCCCUCACCGCAAUUAAGGCAUUAGGUACAACAUACCGCAAUAAUCAUAAUACUAAUACUAACUAAUACUAAUAGUCAUAAAUCCUUCCCUCAGUAAUGUGUUAGGUUUAAUAUACCGUAGUAGUCAUAAAUCCUUACAGUAGUUAGAGGUCACAUGCAACCAAGAAAACAAACAUAAUUAAAACACAAUUAUCACUUAUUCAUGACAUAAUAUACAUAGCUGAUCAUGAAAAAACA